AUGCACUCAUGGAUAGGAGCUAUCGCUAUCGCUAUCGCUAUCGCUAUCGCUAUCGCUAUCGCUAUCGCUAUCGCUAUCGCUAUCGCUAUCGCUAUCGCUAUCGCUAUCGCUAUCGCUAUCGCUAUCGCUAUCGCUAUCGCUAUCGCUAUCGCUAUCGCUAUCGCUAUCGCUAUCGCUAUCGCUAUCGCUAUCGCUAUCGCUAUCGCUAUCGCUAUCGCUAUCGCUAUCGCUAUCGCUAUCGCUAUCGCUAUCGCUAUCGCUAUCGCUAUCGCUAUCGCUAUCGCUAUCGCUAUCGCUAUCGCUAUCGCUAUCGCUAUCGCUAUCGCAAUCGCUAUCGCUAUCGCUAUCGCUAUCGCUAUCGCUAUCGCUAUCGCUAUCGCUAUCGCUAUCGCUAUCGCUAUCGCUAUCGCUAUCGCUAUCGCUAUCGCUAUCGCUAUCGCUAUCGCUAUCGCUAUCGCUAUCGCUAUCGCUAUCGCUAUCGCUAUAUCGCUAUCGCUAUCGCUAUCGCUAUCGCUAUCGCUAUCGCUAUCGCUAUCGCUAUCGCUAUCGCUAUCGCUAUCGCUAUCGCUAUCGCUAUCGCUAUCGCUAUCGCUAUCGCUAUCGCUAUCGCUAUCGCUAUCGCUAUCGCGCUAUCGCUAUCGCUAUCGCUAUCGCUAUCGCUAUCGCUAUCGCUAUCGCUAUCGCUAUCGCUAUCGCUAUCGCUAUCGCUAUCGCUAUCGCUAUCGCUAUCGCUAUCGCUAUCGCUAUCGCUAUCGCUAUCGCUAUCGCUAUCGCUAUCGCUAUCGCUAUCGCUAUCGCUAUCGCUAUCGCUAUCGCUAUCGCUAUCGCUAUCGCUAUCGCUAUCGCUAUCCGCGGGUGGUAGUAUAGGGAGACUGUAGAUUCAGGCAGUCCCCCCGCAGGCAGAUGCCUAGACACAUAUUGCGGCCAUGUGACCGCACGGGCCUAAUUUGCAGAGGGGGGACUGUCUGGUCUGUUAGACUAUCCCCAGAAUGAGAGGAACACUCAUUGUCGGGUGCAGGGGGAGUCUGACUACACACAAAAUGUGUUUUUAACACUAUAGUGCAGGGAUACACAUUUAUAUUCCUGACACCAUUGAGUUCCUUUGAAUAAAUACCACUACCAUCUUUAUUUUUCUUAUCGCCCAUUUUUUCUGUAUGUUCCCUUUGUCAUUCUUUACAUUGUGAGAAAAAAAAAAUCUCCGCAAACUUACUUUAUUCUUGAAGCAUCUCUGGACAGUAAAUUUGGCUGAGUCGGCAACAAUCUCUCCAUCUGGCAGUAAGAUAUAUACUAUGGCUGUAAGAUUUGGAGACACAUCAGGGCUCAGUGGGAGGUUAAAAGAGGUGGUACCCAUCAGCUCUGUGGAAGAAAAGAAUGCAAUGUAUUAUAGAAAGAUUUGA